AUGUAUUUAGGCGAAAUAGUCGAUAUUGAGCGCGGAAUCACGAGCGCGAAGAUUCCAGCCAUAAGGGCUCUUCAUAUCAUUUGUUUCGGCUCUGAAGGGGAGAAUUACAAGAGACGUCGAGCUCUACGUAAUUUUGCUGGGUUUUCUUGGGGAAUAGAAUCUCAAGAACAUAAAGAGCAUUUAGAGCUGGUCUCAAAGGAGUUGACUGCGGCAGAUUUGACAGCUAUUUGUGGAAUAUUGAAUUUAUCGUACGAUGGGUCGACCGAAGAAGUAGCCAAGAGAAUAUGUGAUUUUCUAGCUUCUCCCACUGAAAUCACAAACGAUGAGGAGGAUAGGGAAUCGGAAGAUGAGUGGAGCUCCUUGGUUUCCACUCAAAGCCGAAUUGAGCGUAAUGGGGGCGAAAAUCGAGAAGGUAGAAGUUGCUUUUCGCUUACGUUUAGAGAUGUUGAAGACUCUAUACGUCCAUUAAGCGGAAAUGACGACUAUCCGGUUUCUAGGUGGAUUAACGAUUUCGAAGGAAUCGCAAGCUUGACGAACUGGACGGAUCUUCAGAUGUUGCUGUUCGCAAAAAGAUCACUUACGGGAUUGGCGAAGUUGUUUGUGCAAUCCCAGUCGGGCGUUAAGACGUAG